AUGUCCAACAGCAGCUCCAUCAGCCUCUUCCUCCUGCUGGCACUGGCAGACACGUGGCAGCUGCAGCUCCUGCACUUCUGCCUCUUCCUGGGCAUCUCCCUGGCUGCCCUCCUGGGCAACGGCCUCAUCAUCAGCACUGUAGCCUGUGGCCACCACCUGCACACCCCCAUGUUCUUCUUCCUGCUCAACCUGGCCCUCAGCGACCUGGGCUGCAUCUGCACCACUCUGCCCAAAGCUAUGCACAAUUGCCUCUGGGACACCAGGAACAUCUACUCAGGAUGUGCUGCACAGGUGUUUCUGAUUUUCUUCUUUCUUGGUGCAGAGUAUUCCCUCCUGACCAUCAUGUGCUACGACCGCUACGUGUCCAUCUGCAAACCCCUGCACUAUGGGACCCUCCUGGACAGCAGAGCUUGUGCCCACAUGGCAGCAGCUGCCUGGGCCAGUGGCUUUCUCUAUUCAUUGGUGCGCACAGCCAAUACAUUUUCCCUGCCCCUGUGCCAUGGCAAUGCCCUGGGCCAGUUCUUCUGUGAAAUCCCACACACCCUCAAGCUCUCCUGCUCCAAAUCCCACCUCAGGGAACUUGGGCUCAUUGCUGUUAGUGCCUGUCUAGCGCUUGGCUGUUUUGUGUUCAUUGUUUUCUCCUAUGUGCAGAUCUUCAGGGCUGUGCUGAGGAUCCCCUCUGAGCAGGGAAAGCACAAAGCCUUUUCCACCUGCCUCCCUCAUCUGGCUGUGCUCUCCCUGUUUCUCAGCACUUCCACAUUUGCAUUACUGAAGUCUCCCUCCAUCUCCUCCCAAUCUGGGCCUCCCCAGGGGCCACCUGACAGGUUUGGUUGA